CGGCGGGAGUAGAGGAGGAGGAGCCGGAGGAACAGGAGGGGUAGGAGGAGAAGGAAAACGAUUUGAGGAGCGAUGGGGGCGAGAGGUGGGGAGGAGCAGCAGCAGGAAAGAGAGGGUGGAAGGAAGCAGGAGCAGGAGGCUAUAGAACAUCAGUAUGAGGGGGAGAAGAAGUUGGGGAGAAAGGGAGGAGGAGGAGGAACGGGGAGGAAGAGGAAGCAGCAACAACGUGUGGCUCCGAUGAUUACAGACGAAGAAGGAGGAGGAGGAGGGGGAGGGGAUGGGAAUGAAGGUAGCCGUCCGAUGGAGGACGGCGAUGGAAUAGGAACUGUGAUGGUGUCAUCUGGAGGGGGGGGGUUAUUUAACGGCAACAAGGGGGGGGCAGGCUAUGGUGCAGUGAGCACCAUAGAUAUUGACGACGAGGCGGGGAUGGCCGGAGGGAGGUAUUCUCAUGAUGAGAAUGUAGAAGGAGAAGGUGAGGGGGGAGGAGGAGGAGGAGGAGGUGAUUGCACACCUUCAUGGGUGGCCAUCUCCCAAGGAGUGGCGGCUGACACUGAGGCCAUUCGCGUGAAGAUGGCAGAGUUGGUGAAGAGUCAUUCACACGCAUUGAUGCCAAGCUUUGACGAUUCAAAUGCUUACCAAGCACGGAUCGAAGAGUUGACCGGAGAGAUCACGCAAUUGAUAAGAGAAGGGGAGAAGAAAGUCAAAGGCUUGACCAAACAUGAGGACCGAAGGGGUGGGAGGGAUGAUGGUGGUUGGUCUUCUUCUUCUUCUUCGACGUCCAGGUCGGAGAAGAUGCUGAUCCAGAACGCGCAGAGGUCGGCGGCGAUGGAUUUGCAAGAACUUUCGGUGUUGUUUCGCAAGAAACAGAAGGACUACAUUCAACGUCUCCGUCUGCAGGAGGAGCAGGCGGUGGCUAGUGUCACCACCAGCUUGGGAUGGCUUUCCGCUGCCAACUCCAAUAGCAGCAGCAGCGGCGUAGGAGGAGGAGGAGGAGGAGGAGGAGGGGCGGUGAUGAUGGACACGAAGAAGCAACAACAAAGAAGAGAACAAAAAAUGCCUUUCUUCUUCCUUGGAGAUCAAGAUAGAGAGCAGGUGGAGGGAGGAGUGGUCGGAGGAUUAGGAGGAGGGGGAAGGACUCGCAGCGGCCGGUUGAUGCUGCAAGAGAUGGAGUAUGAUGACCCUGGAUUCUCGGAAAUCCAAAUGACAGCAGUGAAGGAGGCAGAAGGAACGGCGACGGAAAGAGAGAGAGAGAUUCAACAGAUCGUUGAUUCGGUCAAUGAAUUAGCGUUGAUUUUGAAAGACCUAUCGGUUCUGGUGAUCGAUCAAGGAAGUGUGCUCGAUCGCAUCGACUAUAACAUCGAGAAAUCCGCGGUAAUUGCCGAGAAGAGCGUCCGUCAAUUGCAACGAUCGGAGGUAUUGCAGAAGAAAGACCCCUUGAUUGCGUGUAUCAUGAUUUUCUUCGUCUUAUGCGUCAUCGCACUAAUACUGCUCGUGUUCAAGAAGACAUUAUUUGGCGGCGGCGGGGGGAGAAGAAGGAAGUAGCAGCAGCCAAUCAACGCUAGCAUGCAGC